UGAAACGCGAAUGUAUCAACCCGCUAAAUUGACUAGCGUAGUUACAUCCGUAGGGUGCUUUGCCUUAGCGGCUUAACAACCACGCCAGACUUUCAGCGGACGUCACCCGUCAAGCUCGUUGAUCUCACCCCACCAAACUGUGAGGAAGUUGCUACCCCUCCAGGUUUCUCUACCCCUCCAUCCUUGGAAGUACCUUAUUAUUAGAUUAGUCCGGUCGUCUUCUACUUCCUGCGUCCUUUUUUUCAAACGGACAUCCUAAAAAUAUUGUCCUUGAAAUACCGCAACAUUCUUUCUAAUUUACUCUUCUUAUUUUCGUAAAUCUUUCCUUAAAACCAGAAUAUCAAUUGAAACUUAUCACCUAUCAACAUGUCUCUGUCGAGCAAGCUGUCUAUCACGGAUGUUGACCUGAAGGGGAAGAGAGUUCUCAUCCGAGUCGACUUUAACGUCCCCCUCGAUGCUGACAAGAAUGUUACAAACAACCAACGUAUCGCCGGUGCCGUUCCCACAAUCAAGUAUGCCAUCGACAAUGGUGCGAAAGCUGUCAUAUUGAUGUCCCAUCUUGGCCGCCCCGAUGGCAAGGUCAACCCCAAGUACAGCCUGCAGCCCGUUGUUCCAGAGCUCGAGAAGCUAUUAGGCAAGAGUGUCGAGUUCGCACCUGAUUCUGUCGGCCCCGAAGUCGAAGCUAUCGUGAACAAGGCAGACAACGGCCAGGUUAUCCUAUUGGAGAACUUACGAUUCCAUGCCGAGGAAGAAGGCUCUUCCAAGGAUGAGAGUGGCAAGAAGGUGAAGGCAGACAAGGCCAAGGUUGACGAAUUCCGCAAGGGCUUGACUGCUCUUGGUGAUGUCUACGUCAACGAUGCUUUCGGAACCGCCCACCGAGCUCACUCUUCCAUGGUCGGUGUUGACCUGCCACAGAAGGCUGCCGGUUUCCUCAUGAAGAAGGAACUUGACUACUUCGCCAAGGCUCUCGAAUCACCUAAGCGACCCUUCCUUGCCAUCCUAGGUGGUGCCAAGGUUUCCGACAAGAUCCAGCUCAUUGACAACCUAUUGGACAAGGUUAACAGCAUCGUCAUCUGCGGUGGCAUGGCCUUCACAUUCAAGAAGACCCUCGAGAACGUCAGCAUCGGUGACUCUCUCUUCGACGAGGCUGGCUCCAAGAACGUCGGAGCACUGAUCGAGAAGGCCAAGAAGAACAAUGUCAAGGUCGUUCUUCCCGUAGACUACGUGACGGCGGACAAGUUCUCCAAGGAUGCUACCGUCGGCAGCGCAACUGACAAGGAGGGUAUCCCUGACGGCUGGAUGGGUCUUGACUGCGGCCCGGAGUCAAUCAAGCUAUACCAGGCAGCUAUCGCGGAGGCCCAGACCAUCUUAUGGAACGGUCCCGCCGGCGUCUUCGAGUUUGAGAAGUUCGCCAACGGUACCAAGGCUACCUUGGACGCUUUCACGGACGCGGUGGCUGCUGGAAAGAUCGGCAUCAUCGGCGGUGGCGACACUGCUACCGUUGCUGCCAAGUACGGCGCCGAGGCCAAGUGCUCUCACGUCUCGACCGGUGGCGGCGCUUCCCUAGAGCUGCUAGAAGGCAAGGCUCUGCCCGGUGUAGUUGCCCUCAGCACCAAAUGAAGGUUAGAGAACUCGGUGCGGUUAUAAGCAUCGGAUAGCAUACUUAGCAUGUAGAUCAGGAUGCCGGGUUUGGGUUGGAUGGAAGCUAAUCGCUGGUACGGUAGAUGGGUCAGGCGGUGUCCUUAUUGUUAACGUUUAUGUGUUGAAUGUUUAUGACACGGCAAAAUUAGAUGAUGAUCGAAUACCAGAUAUAAAUAUAAAUAUAAAUAUGGAAAUAUGUAUUAGAUGAAUGAUAUUAUGGCG